UUCAAAUGGGAGCUGCGGCAGCAAUGGCGGCCCCCAUGUCGUGGAGGAGGCUAGUGUCCUCCGUGUACUCGCCGGCCCUGGCUGGGGCUUUCAUGCGAAUAUCCGACCGGCUCUUCCGCGCGCGGGACCGACGAGGCGGCUCCUCCGUUCUUCUUUUGGCGCCCCUGCUGGUCAAACCCGAGCCUGCUCCAGAGAGCGGCGCCCUGGCGCCAGGCGCGCCGCGCAGCCUUUACGCCCAAUUCCGAUGGAUGGCAGAGCGCGUGCCAGCUUUCCGGGUCAACGGCACACGUGUCCAUGUGCUCACCUCGCCUGACCAGUUCUACCAGACGCUGAAGGCACGUGUCAGGACCGCAAAGAGACGAGUGGUGUUGGCCUCCCUAUAUCUGGGAACCGGUCAGCUGGAACAGGACCUGGUGGACUGCAUGCAGGAAGCACUGGAAAGCUCACAAGAAAACACCCACGCGCCCGAUUUCAAAGUCUCCGUGUUGCUGGACUACACACGAGGCUCUCGAGGACAGGUGAACUCGAGGACCAUGCUGCUGCCUCUGCUGCGGCGCUUCACCUCGCAAAUGCGCGUUUCCCUAUACCACACACCCGACCUGAGGGGCCUGCUGAGGCUGCUCAUGCCGCAGCGCUUCAACGAGACCAUCGGCGUGCAACACAUCAAGGUCUACCUAUUUGACGACAGCUUCAUCAUCAGCGGGGCCAAUCUGAGCGACUCGUACUUCACUAACCGGCAGGACCGCUACGUCCUGCUGGAGGACUGCAGCGAGCUCGCAGACUUCUUCUCCGAGCUGGUGGAGGCUGUCGGGGACAUCUCACUGCAGCUUGGGCCCGACGACUCGGUGGCCAUGCAGGACGGCAUGGUACACCCGUACAAAGGUGACAGGCAAGAGUUCUCUGUGGCGGCGAGCAAGCGCAUCAUGGAGGUGGUGGACGUGGCCCGGGUGCGUCAGCAACUGCUCCUCAGCCAGAAGCAGCACACCGAGGAGGAGGAGGAGGACACAUGGGUGUUCCCUCUGGUCCAGAUGAAGCCCCUUGGCAUUCAGGUGGACGAACAGGUCACACAGCGCCUGCUGCGGGACGCUGAACCGGACUCCACCGUCUACCUGACGUCAGGCUACUUCAACCUAACCCGAGCGUACAUGCGCCUGGUGCUCGGGGCUGGGGCCGACUACCGAAUUCUCACCGCCUCCCCGGAGGUGAACGGCUUCUUUGGGGCCAAGGGCGUCGCCGGCGCCAUCCCAGACGCCUACACGCACAUCGCCAGGCAGUUCUACGAGCGCGUGCGUCAGCUGGGCCAGCAGGGCCGCAUCAGACUACACGAGUACCACAGGCCACAGUGGACCUUCCAUGCCAAAGGUCUGUGGUACUACCUCCACAGGCAGGACCGGCCUUGCCUCACACUUAUCGGCUCCCCCAAUUUUGGCUACCGCUCAGUUCACCGCGACCUGGAAGCUCAAAUCGCCAUAGUCACGGAGAACGAGCAGUUGCGGGGCCAACUGCGGGAGGAGCAGGAGAUGUUAUACCAGCGCUCCUCGGAGGUGUCCGGAUUGACAUUCGAGCAGCCGGACCGCCAUGUUAAGCUCUGGGUCAAACUGGUCACGCCGUUCAUCAAGAACUUCUUCUAAGGUAAUGCGACAAUCCUGCUAGAGUACGACUUUGCAGCUCUGCUUACCGAUUGGCUUGGCGGGGCGAUAACAUGUCACUGUAUGUCAGUAUACAGAAUAAAAGGCACUGCCCCCUCUAUAAAAAAAUUACGCACUAGAGAAAAGAGUACACUGAAGCUUCUGCAGGGUUUUUUUUCCUUCCCUUUUUCAAGUUUGGAUUUCCUCAAUGUUUUGGACAUUUUUAUAUUUUUUGUGACAUCAUCCAUACAUGGAUGUGAUUAAUAGUCUUGGACUGGUGUACAGUCACCAGAAUCCAGCUCUGAAGCAACUGUGGGCAAUUUUCAAAAGCAAUUUUCCAGAAUCGUUGUGGUCCGUCCCGGACCCCCGUCCUCGUCUUCCCAGCAGCAUCCCCCAAAAAGCGCCAUGGACUGACUCAUCCCUCCUCAUUCUAACUUACUCACAUUUAUUUAUGACCACCAUUUUUUGCUGCGUGGACAACACUUUGUUUGAUGCGCAUGACAAAAAAAAUUAAUGUGACCACUCCCUGGCAGAGCAUACAAUUAGCAAAAAAUACAUCCCAUCUGCCCCAUUUUUUAAAAAGCUUUUUUUCGAUUCAAAGUAAAAAAAAACAACUAAAAAUGUUCUUUAAAUAAAAUAGCAUGAUUGUCUGACCUCAGGAGCAGUUUUUAGACACGGUGAUUUUGCAUCCGCUAUCACGUUGUUCCUGGCAGGAAAAAAGAAAAAGCAGCGCUCAAACAAUAGCUUUGCAGCAAACAUUUAAAACACACAUCAACUGUAAAGAUCAUUAUCAUCUGCUGGGCGGAAGGACGGUGUUAUUGUUGCAACACUGUCAGAACAUUGUAAGAUUAGCUUUUGGGCCCACUCCAAGCUUUGUGUGAGUCUUCUUUGGGAUUCUAGGCUGGAGCCGUGUGCCUUCUAGUGGUGAAAACGGGAAUCGUCUCAGACAAACAGACUGCUCAUGUAUUUAUAGGCUUAAAUUAUUCUUUUUUUUUGAAGAAAACACCUACCUACCUGGUCUUUUAUUUCCUUGAUGUUGUGUUGUUGUUGUGCAGGUGGUGAGCAUCGAGGCAAUGUCGUUUCUGCUGCACAUUCUAAAGAUGGACUCGAGUAUCCUUGAGAUAACCGGUUAUCUCAACACUGAAAUGGUGUCUCCCGGGAAUUGAAACACGUACAAAAAGACAUCUACACAUUGUUUUAUUUCCAUGUUACCUUUCAAAAUCUUCUGCUGCGGAGAAUUGAAAAGACCUUCAAAGAGUGAAUGUUGAACCCAGUGAAAAAGAGGAAGAACGUGCGUCAUAUCAUUUAUCGUGCAAUUACAGAUCUACUUCCUUGCAGUGAAAUGAGAGCUAAUAUCUUUGCAUAAUAAAAAGGUGAUUUUUUUUCCCCCGUGUCUGAGAGCUCUUUUGUGAAAUUCACACCAAAGAAUGAAGAUCGAAGGAGAACCUUGAUUGGUUGUAAACUUUUAAUCAGACAAAAACAAUAAAUAAGGACAAAUAAAUACCAAACAACGCCUUCAAUCACUUCCAGUUCCACUAAUCGUGCUUUGAAAGCAUGGAGGGGGGUAUGG